AUGACUGAAGAGAAGGAUCUUGGCAUAUUACUCUUAGUGGAUAAGUCACUCAAGCCACCAAAACAGUGUUCUGUUGCAAGAAGUAAAGCUGAUAUAAUUUUUAAACAGGAGGGCACAACUUUCAGCAAAAGACAGCUAGGCUACACUUCAGUUUUAGGUGGUGACACAGAUUUGCAGUUUGUAUCAACAGAAGAGUUUGAAGAUGAUGAUGAAGAAGAAGAAGACAGAGAUGAUGAAAAUGAAGCUGCAAAGGACUAUAAAGAUAUUAAAGCAAAUUUAAAUUCAUUGCGGUUGGAUGUAAUCCUGAAGCAUGGUCUAGGCAUGUCUCGCAGUAAAGCUGAAGAAGCUUUUUAUGAGAGCAGGAUUAGAGUGAAUGGAGAAAAGAUAUUGAAGAAAAGUGCACAGGUGCAAGUUGGAAAUGAGAUUGAUUUGAUCAAAGGAAUAAACUCAAAAAAUGAGAAUUUUCUUGACAUCAGCCGUGUGAUAGUACAAAGAAUAGAAAGUAGAGGUGAAACAGAGAAGAUGAGUGUGGUACUACGGCGUUUCAAGAAUAUGGUCAUUGAGAACUAUGACACACCGUGGAAUCAUUCUAAAGAAGAUUAGAGAUAAAAAAAAAAGUAUACAUGUAGUCAAUUUGUACAAAUCAUAUAGUGAAAUAAAUGGAGUUUGUUGCUCAAAA